AUGUCACUAUUGGGAAGAGAAUUAUCAGAUAUUAGAAGACGAUUACAUGAUCGUAAAAUGUCAAUUGGAAGUGUUUUAAAAAUUGGCAUACAAUCAACAACGGCAAUACGUGAUUUGCAUAAAAUUGGCUUUAUACAUCGUGAUAUUAAGCCAAGUAAUUUCGCAAUGGGUCGUGAUCAGAAAGCUAAUAUCGUAUUUAUGUUUGAUUUUGGCCUAGCACGACAAAUUAUGCUACCGGAUAAGGAUGGGAAAAUGAAACUUCGUGAAGCCAGAAAAAAGGUAGCAUUUCGUGGUACGGUACGCUAUUGCUCAUUAAAUGUACAUUUAUAUCGUGAACAAGGAAGGCAUGAUGAUUUAUGGAGUAUGUUUUAUAUGUUAAUUGAAUUAUUAUCAUCAACAUUACCAUGGAAAGGUAUGGCUCGAAAAGAUAGUGCUCAUGUAAAGCAAACAGUUUCUGAUCGGAUAUUAUUAGCUGGAUGUCCAGAUUGCUUUGGUGACAUAAACAAUCAUCUCAAAAGUCUCACUUAUCUUGAUACACCAAAUUAUGCAAUGUUUCAGACAAAAUUCACGAAAGAACUUAACAAACUAAAAAUUAAACCAUCGGGUCCAUUUGAAUGGAAUGAGAAAGGUAUUUUGAAACAAGAAACUAGUGCAAUUGCAGAAAAUGAGAAAGAUGUUAAAGUUGAAAUCGAUAAGACGGGAGAUACGGAUACGGGUCGUGUUGUGGAUGAAUCAGUUGAAUCCGAAGAAUCUGUUGGCGAAACUGAAACAACCAAUUUAGCAGGAGAAAAUACUUUAGAAAUCUUCAACACCAAUAAAAAAUAA